UCCUCGAAACAAACAAAACAACUCGAAUCCAGUCAAUAACUGUAUUAUGAAGUAGCUGUGUUCGCCUACUGGAGCUUGCUGACGUUUAUAAAAAUAUUGUAAACAAUAAUAUAUACUAUAUUUUAAUAUAUGGUAUUGUUUACAAUAUUUUUUUUUAAACGGGAGCAUGCCCCUGUGGCUCGCCCCAACAGUAACACUGUCAAAUCAUACAGUUUUACCGGAAUAUUGUAACAACAGUAUAUAGGUUUUCUCUUUUUCAAAGACUUUAAAAUAUCCUAUUUGAUGGUUUACCGCGAAGUUCAAUAUAAGAUAAUCAUAAUGAAUAUCAUCUGUAGGGAAUAUUGGGAUAAGCGACACUUUAUAUGCUAAUGUUGCUUUAAUUCUUUUUUACCCAUUGCAUUAUUUGAUAGGAGAAUGGAUAGCGCAAAUAUGGAAGUAGAUGAAAGUGAUAAAAACGAAUCCACACGUACUCGAAUCCCAGUUAGUCUCUACGGUUUGGAUUUUAGUUUCCAUACGUUCAACAAGAUGUAUAUCCAGGACAUUAUCAGAUUAGAACCUUGUAAUGCCAUUCCAGGAAUGUAUUUGUAUAAAACACAUCCGGUUUAUAAGGUGGAUAUCAUUGGAGUGGUGGUGAAAAGGCAUGAAAACAUGAAGUGCUAUGUUUAUGCAGUUGAUGAUGGAACAGGUGUCAUUACAUGUUGCUGUUGGAAAAGCAGAAUAUCUGAACAUAGAUCGGAAGAAAUUGAAAGUGUAGUGAAAGAAAGAAGCAGUCUACCAAAAGUUUUGAAAGAGAAGAUGUCGGCGAUGAUGAUAUCGGAGAAUAAAAAGAAUGAGGGCUAUAACCUUGGAGACCUAAUUCAUGUCAGGGGAAAAAUAAAGAUUUUCCGUGAGGAGCGAGAAGUGGUAGCAUUACAUCAUAAUAAACUGGAAGAUCCUAAUAUGGAAGUUGUGAGAAUGUCUGAACUUCCUGUGCUGUACAGAACACUUUAUGAUGUAGACACUUUACCAAAGAAAGUGGCAGAGGAGCUCCAAGAUGUAUCCGGACACACGGACAGAGGGGGUCAUGCAGAGAUUGUCCCUGAAUUAAAGAGAAUACUGUUGACAUAUAUUGAGGAGCAACAACCAGAUGAAAUAAAAUAUAACCAUAUUCAUACUCUGCCAGCGGUGACUGAACUCUGGAAUAAGUUAGCGCCAUCUGAAGACAGCAAAUUCCAGCUACAAAAAGUAUUGACUAUUUUGGAAGAGGAAGGCUGUAUUUUUACAAAAGAGCAACACCAGGUGUACGAGGUCAUGAAACCAGACUGUCCGAUGGAGAAUGUUAUUAUGGAUAUUCUGAGGCGAGAUUGUAUCAAAGAAAAAUUUCAAACUAUGGGUUGUCAUUAUUUACAUAUUGUGGAUGAAGUUCGAAAGACCAAGGACUACAGAACUGUGAAAAACUGCUGUGUGCAGACUUGUCUGAAUAACUUGGAAUACCGGAGUACUGUGAUCAGGACAUCUUUCAGUCAUUAUCUCUUAUGUACAAUUUAAAGUGCCGUUUUGUAAAUAGAUCGAUGACAAAGUGUGUAUGAAUAUACUGUAUAUAGUUACUGAAUAAAUGAUCAAAUAAA